UCUCCGAGCCUGUGCUGCUCGCGGCUACUCGGCGGGGAGAGGCCAGGUGCCCCCUUCUUCCCCUCUCUUCCCUUCCUCCCCCACUCCGGUGCCCGCGGGAGAUCCCGCCAGUCCGCCUCCUCCCGCAGAGGUGUAGCCCGCUGCGGAGCUGACAGCAGCCCCGCAGCCACCCUGUACCAACUCUCCGGAAGCGGCUGGAGCAGACUCGGCGCUCAGGCCGCCGCAGCUCCGGCGGACCCACUGUUGGAACGGAGGAACCCGCCCUCCUCCCGUGCCCAAACUUGGAGCACUUGACCUUUGGCUGUCGUAGGAGGCAGGCCGGCGGGUGCCUGGACAGCUGCGGCGCCUCGAGGGCAUCUUGCCUGGGGUUCCAGGACUGUCGGCUACACUUCUGGGCUCCCGGCUUUGCUCUGGGAUCCCGGGUGUCCACAUCAGGCGCAUGUUGACUGAGACUUGGAGUCAUGGAUGUGUGCGCCCGUGUUGCCCUGUGGCUCCUCUGGGGGCUUCUCCUGCAUCACGGCCAGAGCUUCAGCCAUAGCCACAGCGAGAAGGCGACGGGAGCUGGCUCGGGGGCUAGUUCCGAGGAGUCCACUGCAGCAGAGUUUUGCCGGAUUGACAAGCCCCUGUGCCACAGUGAGGAUGAUAAGCUCAGCUUUGAUGCAGUCCGCAGCAUCCACAAGCUGAUGGACGAUGAUGCCAAUGGUGAUGUGGACGUGGAAGAAAGCGAUGAGUUCCUGAGGGAAGACCUCAAUUACCAUGACCCGACAGUGAAACACAGCACCUUCCAUGGUGAGGAUAAGCUCAUCAGUGUGGAGGACCUGUGGAAAGCAUGGAAGUCUUCAGAAGUGUACAACUGGACCGUGGACGAGGUGGUGCAGUGGCUGAUCACAUAUGUGGAGCUGCCUCAAUAUGAGGAGACCUUCCGGAAGCUGCAACUUAGUGGCCAUGCCAUGCCAAGGCUCGCUGUGACCAACACCACCAUGACAGGGACUGUGCUGAAGAUGACAGACCGGAGCCAUCGGCAGAAGCUGCAGCUGAAGGCCCUGGACACAGUGCUGUUUGGGCCUCCUCUCUUGACCCGCCAUAAUCACCUCAAGGACUUCAUGCUGGUGGUGUCCAUCGUUAUUGGUGUGGGCGGCUGCUGGUUCGCCUACAUCCAGAACCGUUACUCAAAGGAGCAUAUGAAGAAGAUGAUGAAGGAUCUGGAGGGGUUACACCGAGCUGAGCAGAGUCUGCACGACCUUCAGGAAAGGCUGCACAAGGCCCAAGAGGAGCACCGCACAGUGGAGGUGGAGAAGGUCCAUCUGGAGAAGAAGCUGCGUGAUGAGAUCAACCUUGCCAAGCAGGAAGCCCAGCGGCUGAAGGAGCUGCGGGAGGGUACCGAGAAUGAGCGGAGCCGCCAAAAAUAUGCUGAGGAGGAGCUGGAGCAGGUCCGGGAGGCCCUGAGGAAAGCUGAGAAGGAACUGGAAUCACACAGCUCAUGGUAUGCUCCAGAGGCCCUUCAGAAGUGGCUGCAGCUGACCCACGAGGUGGAGGUGCAGUACUAUAACAUCAAGAAGCAAAACGCGGAGAAGCAACUGCUGGUGGCCAAGGAGGGGGCUGAGAAGAUAAAAAAGAAGAGAAACACACUCUUCGGCACCUUCCACGUGGCCCACAGCUCUUCUCUGGACGAUGUGGAUCACAAAAUCCUGACUGCCAAGCAAGCUCUGAGCGAGGUGACAGCAGCACUGCGGGAGCGCCUGCACCGCUGGCAGCAGAUUGAGAUCCUCUGUGGCUUCCAGAUUGUCAACAACCCCGGCAUCCACUCCCUGGUGGCUGCUCUCAACAUAGACCCCAGCUGGAUGGGCAGCUCGCGCCCCAACCCCGCCCACUUCAUCAUGACGGAUGACGUGGAUGACAUGGAUGAGGAGAUUGUGUCACCCUUGUCCAUGCAGUCUCCCACCCUGCAGUGCAGUGUCCGGCAGCGCCUGACGGAGCCGCAGCAUGGCCUGGGAUCUCAGAGGGAUUUGACCCUUUCCGAUUCGGAGUCCUCCCUCCACACGAGUGACCGCCAGCGUGUGGCCCCCAAGCCUCCUCCGAUGGUCCGUGCUGCAGAUGAGGCCCUCGGUGCCAUGACUUCCAAUGGCAGCCACCGGCUGAUUGAGGGGGUCCACCCCGGGUCUUUGGUGGAGAAACUGCCUGACAGCCCUGCCCUGGCCAAGAAGGCACUCCUGGCGCUGAACCAUGGGCUGGACAAGGCCCACAGCCUGAUGGAGCUGAGCCCCUCAGCCCCACCUGGUGGCUCUCCACCUUUGGAUUCUUCCCGUUCUCACAGCUCCAGUUCCCCAGACCCAGACACGCCAUCUCCAGUUGGGGACAGCCGAGCCCUGCAGGCUAGCCGAAAUACACGCAUUCCCCAUCUAGCUGGCAAGAAGGCUGUGGCUGAGGAGGAUAAUGGCUCCAUUGGCGAGGAGACAGAUGCCAGCCCAGGCCGGAAGAAGUUUCCCCUCAAAAUCUUUAAGAAGCCUCUUAAGAAGUAGGCAGGAUGAGAGUGGCAGUGGUGGGACAAUGUGUCCUUCCCUGGUCUUCUGCCCCCCUUCCUCCCCUUCCAAGAUACCUGGCCCCUAGAGCGGGGCACGGGAGGCUGGCCCAGGGGCCUGGCCACUGUACAUACCUGCCCCCCUCAUCCUUGGGUCCUUCAACAUUAUUUAUUAACUGACCACCAUGGCCUGCCUGCCCUGCCUUUCUCCCAACCAUGGGCUGCUGCUGCCACUCCCUCUCUACUUCAGUGCAUGUCUUAGUUGCUGUCCCCUCAGCCCUCACCUCCACCUCUGGGGUCCAGCUUCUGUCUCUGCUGUCCCAGUUUUGAAGUUUGGUUUCUUGUUUCUGUUUCCCGCUUUCAGGCUCCUCCCUCCCACCACUCCCCAACUUCCCCUAGCAGCCUGGGGGUGGGGGGAGAUAGGAGGAGUAACUUCCGACAUCUGUGCCUCAGACAUGUUCCACCCCGCCCACAAUGGUUCUGUUUGCCUCAGACUGGGGCCUGGGGCCUAGGGCCUAAUAUUUGAGGUCUGUUCUUUGGGAGUGUGGUGGGCCAGAAGGAAACUUGGCCCGGAGCUUGCUUGAGCCUCUAGGGGUUUGUGGGGGAGUGGAACACAUUCCUAGAGAACAAGCUACUAGAGAACUUUGAAGAGAGGCUAGGCUAGGGGGUAGGUUGGGAGAGACUCCUCUCUUAGUUGGGGGAUGAGUAGAAGCCAGAUGUGUGGGCCACAGGGCAGUCACCCUUUCUCUCUUCUCUCACCUACACCUGCCUCUUUCUUAGCCCUGCUCCCCCACACUGCAGGAGGGUUUGACUAUAAGAGGUGCUGCCCAAAUGCUCUCUAAGCAUCAGUACUCCUGGAGCUCAGGACAAAUGGCUUCCCUGGCCAUGGGGGCCUUCACCAUGAUACAGGGCUCUAAGGGGACGCUGGAGCUGUUGGGCAGGAUAUUGUUGUAUUUGAACCAAAAAAUCAUUUUUAAAUUGAAAAAAGAAAAUCUCCUGAAUUUCCCAAGUGCCUGCACCACAUACUCCCCUUGUCAGACCCCAUUUUCAUGUUACUGCAUAGCUUGGGCCAGAGGCUCAAAAAGGACACAGCUGGUUUAGGGAAGGGGGUGGCUGAAGAAGAUAGUGUAGCUGAAGGCAGCUGUGUGACCUCUUCCCCCACACCCUUCCCACCCUCUAGGCAACUCUCUCCCUUACCUGUUUUUGCUAUGGCUGUAAAGGUAUUUUCCUUUUGCCCCACUCUUUCCCAUGCCUUUACUCUGGGAUCCUAUUUUGGGCCUGGGGUGCAGGCACCUGGGGCUGGUCUCAGGAGGGUGCUAGGCUGCAGACUGCCUUGUACCCCCUGGACACCCUCACAUGGUUUUUCUGUGUUAUUUCAUAAGACUCUUUGAAGUCCAAUAAAGCAUGUAGGAGAUUUUAACCUC